ACGCUGCGCGGGCAGCUUUCGUAUGGGUUGUGGGACUAGAGUAUUGCAGGUUCGGAUUCUAUUGUGACCCUCUGCGUGGCCUCAUCCCGGGCCGCAGUUUCCAGCCUGCCAUUGGGGUCCCGCACUGCCAGGCUUCAAGGCUUCUCCCCAGCGACGGUGGCGGCCGCAGGUUGACUCCUCGUGCGGGCGAGCAGCAGUCUCGCAGCGGGAGGCUAGGAAGGAGCUGUUGCACACCAGCACACGUUACUGACCACUUCCACGUGCCACUGGGGCUCUGAGGAGGAAUGAAAGCUGUGGGCUGCCUGCUUGGCCUGCUGAGGCAGAGCACUGUAAAGGCAGCCGGCCCUGUGCCCUGUCAUCUGCACACCUCCUCCUGGUGGGCUGACAGCAGCAGAGCCUCACUUACUCGUGUGCACCGCCAGGCCUAUGCACGUCUCUACCCGGUGCUGCUGGUCAGGCAGGAUGGCUCCACCAUCCACAUCCGCUACAGGGAACCACGGCGCAUACUGGCGAUGCCUAUAGACUUGGACACCCUGUCCCCUGAGGAACGCCGGGCCAGGUUACGGAAACGAGAGGCUCAGCUUCAGCCCAGAAAGGAGUAUGAGGAGGAGCCUGGUGAUGACUUUGAUGUGGAGCGUUACCGGCAGUUCUGGACCAAGACCAAGAAGUGACCAUGGCUGGAUUGGCAAGAAAUUGCCUCAGCGAUUUGCUGGGACUAGAUGGUAUCUUUUGUUAAAUGACACUUUCUGGAAGCCACUGCUUCAAGUCUCUGUGUCUUCUUCCCUCUUGGAAUGCAGCUCUCCUUUCUGAAAAGCACCAGUUCAGGUGCACAAAGGCUUUAGGAUUGGUUUAGGUCAAACCUGUGGGUUUAGGACACUGCUUCAGGGCUAUGGUGCAUAGGGACAGCUUGGCAGGAGACACUUAAUACUCUGCAGCCCAGUUACUGAUCUCUUGACUGCACAGCAGCCCUUGGGUGGUGAUUAGGACCCAGACACCAUCCUCAGCCAGGCAGACCUGAACCAUUCAGAACCAUCCAGACCCAUCCAGACCAUAGCAGGCCACAGCUAUCAGUGACCAGGCUGCCUUGGGCAAGGACCUGCCCCUCCAAGGGUUCCCAGGGGAACAGUCAGCCCUGGUUGUCCCUGACUCCUUAAUGGAGUCUGCAGAGCACUGUAGUUACAUGCAGCCACAGCAGAUCCAAACACCCCAGCUGCAUUUGCCCAGGAGUUGAUAUCACUAGACAUGGGAGGGCACUUUCCAAACUCAUAUACCAGACACAGGCUCAGGAUAUUGCAGGAGGCUAGGCUGCUCUCUUUUCCCAUUGUGGGGCACUUCAGGGCCCUGGGCCAGCUUCUGGUCUCUUCCUCAUCACAGCUCUGUGCCUUGGGGCUGCAUUUUUUCGUAUCCUAGGGCAUGUCAGGCCCUGUGGCUGCAUUUGAGGAUACUGGCUCUUGGGCUGUGUCCUCCUGAAGAUCCAACUCUGUUUUGGUGGGUAGCUUUCUAGGGUAAUGGGGGAGGUGGAUUUACUGUCUAGGGUCACCCUACACUGAUAAGGCUUGUGGUUGUGGGCAGCUAAGCAGGGCCCCAUCUUACAGACCCUGUUCCUGGUCCCUCUGUCUUCCCUCUUGUCCUCAGCUCCACUGAGCAGAUCCUCAUGGGGAUAUCUCUACCCCUGCAUCUGUCCCCAUGACUUAGCAGUGCCUGACCUUGUGGCAGUGCCAUGCACUUUCUGGCCUUGCCUAGGAAUAUGGGGUACUCACAGCUCUGCCCAGCAAGGUUCCCACAUGAAGGCUCCCAGACCUCUGUCCUCCUGGAACUGCAGGCUACACUCAUCCACCCAAUUGCAACCCUGAGUCCCCAGGCCAUACAUCCUCUACCCUAUGACCCCUGGAUGGCUCACUGGCCUAACAGGCUCAAAACUGACCUGCCCUUCCCCCACCAGCCUGCUUCUCCUGUGGACAGGUAGAUGUAGACACUGUCUUCAAACUGCUCAGAACAGAGCCUCAGAAUGGUCCUGGACUCCUGUCCCCCAUCCACCUGGCCCUCAACCCACUCUCCCCACUCCCGGCCACACCUUAUAUCCAGUCAGUGGUCAGAGGUAGCAGCCCUGCCUUGUCCACCUGGCCCAAGUUCACCCUGGCCUGGCUGAGGCUGUGGCCCCCAGGAGACACUGCUCUGUGCCCCUGAGAGCCUUCCUGGGAGUCACCUGGUCAUCCUCUGUGUACCUCCUGGACUCUACGUCAUGCAGCUGUCCCCCCUCAGGACUUGUGAUGUAUGUUCCUACUUGUGGAUGAAGGCUUAUCCUGGUGCCUUCAAUAGGAAAGUACAGGGUAUCAAUUAAUUGAGUAAAUGAGUGAAGGAGUUCCCACAAGACAGUGCUCCAAACCUUCCCAGAAUGGGGUCAGUUUGGAUUCCAAAGAAUCACUGAACGCCAGGGUAUUAGUCCAGGGGUGAAGGGGUGGGGAACCAGCAGCUUUAAAGCUGCAUGUGGUGUUUUGACUAAAACCAAAUUUUAUAGAGCAAAUACUUUUAUCUGUAUUAAUACAUUUUUGUUCUUUUAUAUUUUCAUUUUAUUAUUAUUAUUAUUAUUUUUUGAGACAGAGUCUCAAGCUGUUGCCUUGGGUAGAAUGCCGUAGCAUCACAGUUCACAGCAACCUCAAACUCUUUUUUUUUUCACUUUUUUUUCUCACUUUAUUGCCUUCAGUAGAGUGCUGUCGUGUCACAGCUCACAGCAACUGCCAACUCCUGGGCUUAGGCGAUUCUCUUGCUUCAGUCUCCCAAGUAGCUGGGACUACAGGCGCUGGCCACAAUGCCUGGCUAUUUUUGUUGUUGUUGCAGUUUGGCAUGGGCCGGGUUUGAACCUGCCACCCUCAGUAUAUGGGGCUGGUGUCCUACCCACUAAGCCACAGGUGCCGCCCAACCUCAAACUUGGGCUCAAGCGAUUCUCUUGCCUCAGCCUCCCAAGUAGCAGGGACCACAGGCACCUGCCACAACGCCAGGCUAUUUAUUGUUGUUGCAGGUUUUUUUUUUUUUUUUUAGACAGAGCCUCAAGCUGUCACCCUGGUUAGAGUGCUGUGGCAUCACAGCUCACAGCAACUUACAACUCUUGGGCUUAAGCGAUUCUCUUGCUUCAGUCUCCUAAAUAGCUGGGAUUACAGGCACUCACCACAAUGCCCGGCUAUUUCUUUCUUUCUUUUUUUUUUUUUUUGGUUGUAGUUGUCGUUGUUUGGCAGUCCCAGGCUGGAUUCAAACCUGCCAGCUCUGGUGUAUGUGGCUGGUGCCUUAGCCAGCUGAGCUACAGGUGCUGAGCCUUGUUGUUGUAGUUGCUGUUGUUAUAGCUGGCCCAGGCCGGGUUCGAACCCACAGCCUCAGUAUAUGUGGCCAGCACCCUUACCCACUGAGCUACAGGCGCCACCUCAUUUUAUUUUUAAAAUGAACAUACUUAAAAUACAAAAGAAUUGGCGCCCGUAGUACAGUGGUUAUGGCACCGGCCACAUACACC